ACCAUAAUCCUCCAUUCCUCACCUUCUCUUUUCAUCUAUAUUCUCACAAUACAUUCAUUUUAAUCCUAAGUUAUCGCAAUACCAGAAGAAACCAUAGAUGCCAUGAACACUUUUCGUAUUAUUUUUCCACAAAAACUUUAUAGCAACUCCGGAAUCAAUGCACUUGGUGGUACUGCAUCAGCUGCUGGACAAGACCGAAACAAUCCUCCUCGCGGAACUCACCACUCUUCUAAUGCAAGCUCAUUCUUGAUAAGAAUGGCAAUCAGAAUAUCCAGAGCAAGGUGGUAUAGUUUUUUGAGAAGGCUGUUUUAUUACCAGAAUAAUAUGAAUGAGUUUUCAUCAGUAUCAUCUCCGGAGAAUGUGCAUGUAGGCUCCAACCCUUAUCAUACAUCUACUUGGAUGAUACUCGAGUCUAUGGCUUUGAGUAUUCAGAUAAUUAUUAUAACUUAUACAUUGUGUGUUUCUAAAGAAGAGCAGCCUGUCUGGCCUAUGAGACUGUGGAUUUCUGGUUAUGACCUUGCUAGUCUCUCGAAUUUGGUUUUACUUUUGUUUCGGUAUCGACUUCUUCAUUCUACCAUGCUGCAGAGGAACUCUGUCUCUGAUGGUGAGCACCAGAGGAACCGAAAUGAAGAUUAUUAUUCCAGAAGACUGAAUAUGGUAAACAGAUGUCGAACCGGCAUUGAGCUGUUCUUAGCCAUAUGGUUUGUGAUGGGGAACAUAUGGCUAUAUGAUUAUCGGUUCGGAUCAUCUCACAGAGCUCCUAAGCUUCUCCUUGUCUGCAUUUUUCUCCUUGUUUGGAAUGCCAUCGCCUACUCCUUUCCAUUCCUUUUGUUUUUGUUUCUGUGCUGCUUCGUACCACUCAUUAGCAACCUCCUUGGCUACAACAUGAACAUGGGAUCAGUUAACCGAGGAGCGUCUGAUGAACAGCUUGCCCGAUUAAGUUGCUGGAAAUAUAAAGAAGACUAUGUGCAUCAGAGUGAGGAUGGCUCUGAUUUGGAGCUGGGAGAUUUUCAACUGCAGAAUAAGAAUCAGGAAUGCUGUAUAUGUUUAGGAAAGUACAAAGAGAAAGAAGAAAUGAGGCAGCUGCCAUGCUUGCAUAUAUUUCAUCUCCAGUGUGUUGAUCAGUGGCUGCGGAUCAUAUCUUGCUGUCCCCUCUGUAAACAACAGCUUAAAAGAUAGUCCUCAAUUGCAGUCCUAAAACCGAAACUUCAUUGCAUAUCAGAAAACUGAUAUGCGCACAAGUACAAGUUGCCCCGGGCUCAUGCAUAUUGUUAGUGCAGAGCAAAGAAAGCUUAUACAAAAACGUAUAGAGUAGAAUAUUACUGAACGUUUAGAUUUAAAACUUUUAUGCUGAUAAAUUUUCGUACAGAGGCACAUUCAGUGUCAAAUCCUGUACAUACCAUAUAACAACACUACCUUCUUUUUGUGGUAUUCCUUUUCAAUUGUGUACUAUAAUGAAUUUAAUAUUGAAUAAAGAUGUGUUGGUGUUUGAAAUCA